UCUGUGCCCAGCCCUGGCCAGCCCCGAGCAGGAGAGGAGCAUCUUUCACUUGGGCGGAUAUAGAUGAGACCGGCACCUGUCGAAUGGACUGUCUGCUGCCAAACAGGGACAAACAGAUUCAGGACAAGUGAGAAAGACUUUCACAGCGUCAGACAGGCUGCAUGUGGUAAUGGGUACACUCCGGGACCUCCAAUUUGCCCUGCAACUAAAGAUUGAGGAGCUACGCCAGAGGGACACACUAAUCGAUGAGUUAGAGCUAGAAUUGGAUACAAAAGAUGAACUAAUUCGAAGGCUGCAGGAAGAACUGGAUCGGUACAGAGCCACUGUUUCCCUCCCUGGGUCCUCUUCAGCCAGUACAGCUUGCUCGGCUCAAAGUGACAACUCGCAGAGAGCCAACAGGAAAACAGUAAUUUCUGAGCCCUGCAUGCUGGACCCAGUGACCCUUGCCAUGGUUUCACACAGAAGCUGUGACAAAAGCCAAGAGUCUCAGAGGCUGAUUCGCGCAGCGUUUUUGAAGAAUGACUUGUUGAAGAACCUUGACGAAGGAGAAAUCAGAGCCAUCACAGCCUGUAUGUAUCCCACCACCAUCAAUCAAGGCUGUUAUGUCAUCCAGGAGGGGGCCAACGGGGCUCAGGCUUACGUUUUAGAAGAAGGGCGGCUGGAUGUGACAAAAGACGGACUGAAGCUUCUCACAAUUGAGGCAGAAGACAUGUUUGGAGAGCUGGCUCUCCUCUACAACUGCACCCACAUCUAUUCUGUUUCAGCUCAAACGGACAGCAAGCUGUGGGUUAUUGACCGCAAAAGCUACCAGACCAUACUUAUGCAAAGCGGUCUCAACAGCCUUUCUCAUUCAAUGGAACUCCUUAGCAGCGUUCCCUUCCUGCAGUCUUUGCCAGAGGAUGUCAUCAUGAAAAUGUCUGAUCUCAUUGAGGAGACGCACUACAGUGAAGGUGACUACAUCAUUCGACAAGGGGCCACAGGAGACACCUUUUAUAUCAUUAGCAAAGGCCAGGUGAAAGUGACGGAGAAGAAGCCAGGUCAUGAAGAGCAGACUGUCCUUUCUAAGCUCUCUGAGAGACAGUGGUUUGGAGAAAAGGCUCUGUGGGGAGAGGAUGUUCGGACUGUGAAUGUGGUUGCUGCCAGUGAAGUUACGUGCUUGGUCAUAGACAGAGAGACCUUCAAAGAAAUCAUCGGUGAGUUAGUGUUUGACUGCAGCCAUGAGGUGAAGCAGAGCCACGAAUCCAAACUCGAGUCGGACAAGGAUCCUGAUCUAAUCUCAUCUUCCACCUUAAGUGAUUUCCAGAUUAUUUGCACUCUGGCAGUUGGGGAGUUCGGUCACGUAGACCUGGUGCAACUAAGGAGCAACACCAAGUGUCUUUAUGCCAUGAGGGUCCUUAAGAAGAAGUUGAUCCUCAGCAAUGGUCAACGAGAGCACAUCGUGAGAGAAGGGCGCAUCCUAAUGGAGGCUCAGUGUCCUUUUAUAACAAGGCUGCAUAAAACCUUUAGAGACACAGGGUGCCUGUACAUUUUGACAGAAGCCUGUCUUGGUGGAGAUUUAUGUAGUCUUCUCAAAGAUAAAGGAUGUUUGGACGAAUGCAGCAGCAGGUUCUACACAGCUUGUGCUGUUGAGGCCCUGACCUUUCUUCACUGUCGAGGUGUCGUCUAUAGAGAUGUCAAACCUGAAAAUGUUGUUCUGGAUGAGCAUGGUUAUGCCAAGCUGAUUGGUUCCAGGUGUCUAAAGAAGGUGGAGGUGGGUAAGAAAACCUGGACUUUCUGUGGUACACCGGGCUACAUGGCACCUGAAAUCAUCUUAAACAAAGGCCACAGUAUAUCUGCAGACUUCUGGUCACUGGGAGUUUUUGUGUUUGAACUUCUGAGUGGUGGGCUCCCAUUCAGCGACUCUGACCCGAUAAAGAUUCUCACUGCAACCAUUCGCGGCAUCGAUCAGAUCGACUUCCCGAAAACCAUCAGCAAAAGUGCCUCCAGUCUCAUAAAGAAACUGUGCAGGAGCAAUCCCUCGGAGAGACUGGGCAGUCAGAGAAGUGGGGCCAAGGACAUUCAGAAGCACAAAUGGUUUGAAGGAUUCAACUGGGACGGACUCUGUAAAGGCACAUCAAACCCUCCGGUUAUUCCCAAGGUGAAGGAGCCUUUGGACAGCGGUGCAUGUGGUCAUUACAGGGAGGGCUCAGUGGAGAUGUGCACAAAUUGGGAUGAUUUCUGACGGAUCAACUGAGAAAUGAAAAAAAAAACCCACAACCCUGUCUGACAAUAUUUCAUCACUUUCAGGUUUUGUCCUUAUAAAUAAUUCACUGCCUUCAGUCUUACUGCCAUUAAGAAUUAUAUUUUGAGACAAUAAUAUUUUAAACAGUAUCAGUAAUUGCAGAUAUUGUUUGAUAAAUGAACCGUGCUGCCUACUGUGUUAAGCUCAGACUGUUUUUGAUGUAGUCUACAACCCGUAUAGAUUUAUAAUAUAGGAUUAUUAUAUUAGGAGUUAACUGAUGUUGAAUGUAUAACUUAAUAAACAAAUAAGCUGUG